CAAAGUCCAACUGAGGGCCUUUACACCAUCUCUGAGACAGCCUAUGUCUGUGCCUGUUUUCCUCUCUGUCCUGCUCUGAGUCCUGGAGGCCUGGACAGUUAUGAAUGACAGCUUACGGUGACCCAUGCCACCCCUCUCCUAUGGACCAUGAACAUCUCAAACUAUCCUCUGGAUCACCCCCAGCCCACGGCCCUCCACUCUGCCGAUUACACACAGGACCUUGCGUCACAAGAAGGACCGUCAACAUCUCAGGAGUUAAAACCAGACCCAGACGGUAGGGCAACUCAAAAAGAGGGCUGUCCUGUGUGUGGUGACAGGGUGUCAGGAUAUCACUAUGGUCUACUUACCUGUGAGAGCUGUAAGGGCUUUUUUAAGCGCUCUGUACAGAAUAACAAGCGCUAUACGUGUGCAGAUGCACAAUGCUGCCCAAUGGACCCAGCCCAGAGGAAACGAUGUCCUUACUGCCGCUUUCAGAAAUGUUUAGCUGUUGGCAUGAAGAAAGAAGCUGUACGUGCGGACAGGAUGAGGGGUGGGCGAAACAAGUUUGGACCUCUGUACCGACGGGACAGGCAAUCGAAACAGCAAAGAGGGACCUAUCACCAGACAAACAAUGCCCCCUACAGUGUCAAAAUUGAGGGACCACAAGCACUGGUACCUGCUGUGCCUCAGGAUUUUCAUGUCCUCAACCCCUCCCAUGCAUCUCUUGGCUCCGACCACUAUCAUGCACCUCAGCCCUUUCAUCCCAGUAUGAGCCAGUCUGAGUUUCCCAUGCUGUUGGACUGCACCAUGCCCAGAGAGCGGACACUGUCUGACCCAGCCCUACCUUUCCAUACACUAUGCUAUCCAGAUUCCACGGUCCAUCAAAGCUUCCACGGAUACCCUCCCGAGAAACGAGAGCUCCCCUUUAGCUACAGCCCUGCUUCUGUGACACCCCCUGCUCCAAUCUCUCCUACUGUUCUCUUCACACCUACACUCACGCCAACCUCAACUCCAAGUUCUACCCCAACUCCAGCACAGAACUUCACUCCCAGGUCAACACCGACCCCUAGUUCGUGCUUCCUAAAUGAGCUCCUACAAGCUGAGCCAGAUGAGAAGCAGCUUUGCACGCGGGUGUUAGCAAGCCUCCAAAGAGAACAGGCCAGCCGAGGAAAACAUGACCGCCUCAACACCUUCAGCAUCAUGUGCAAAAUGGCUGACCAGACUUUGUUUGGACUGGUGGAGUGGGCAAGAAACAGCACACUAUUUAAGGAGCUUAAGGUGGAGGAUCAAAUGGUGUUACUGCAGAGCUGCUGGAGUGAGCUUCUCGUCCUGGAUCACUUAUGCAGGCAGGUGGCUUAUGGGAGAGAUGGCAGCAUCUGUCUGAUUACUGGACAACAGAUUGAGGUAUCAACCAUCUUCAGUCAGGCUGGAGCAACUCUCAGUAGUUUGGUGUCCAGAGCCCAGGACCUCGUCUCCAAGCUUAGGUCGCUACAACUAGACAGAGAAGAGUUUGUGUCUCUCAAAUAUCUGGUUCUCUUCAAUCCAGAUGUUAAAUCAGUACAGGAUCGAAGGCAGGUAGAACAAACACAAGAGCGUGUGAACAAGGCUUUGAUGGACCACACUAUGCAAACCUACCCAGGCCACUCUGACAAGUUUGGACAGCUGCUGCUCCGUCUGCCAGAGGUGCGCAGCAUCAGUCUACAGGUGGAGGAAUACCUGUAUCAGCGCCACCUGCUGGGAGAUCUUCCUUGCAACUCAUUGUUGACUGAAAUGCUUCAUGCCAAGCACACAUGAGACACCAUCAAAAUAAAGCUUGUUGUUGGAAAUGCCUUCAUAUAUUUGGUGUCUAAUAAUUUUGAGCUCUGAACAAAUCCAGUUGUCAUUGUUGGCUGACAACAAUUGUGAGUGUAUGAGAUGUAAAGCACAUACAUAUUUUAACCACUCAACUUACAGUUAUGGACCACAUCCAGUCAAAAAUGCAAGCAUUCAAACUGCCAUAUGUAUAAAAACAGUCGCAGAAGCUCAUCACACUUUGUGUUUGUAUCAGUUUGACUUUCCAAUAAAAGUGUGUGUA